AUAUGCCUUAACGUGAUGUGAUCCUCCAAAAAGGCUUAAGGUUGCAAAUGGGCAGUGGCUGCUCUUCUCUCUCUUACUCUUCUUCCACUUUCAUUGUCACUGCGUCCUCUAUUUCUUCUCCUUCCUCUUCUUCCUCUUCCCUUAAACUCAAUCCAAGAAGCUUCCUUUCCCAUAGCCCUCGAAAUCUAUCGACCCAAUUAAGAAAUCAGGCACCUUUGAGGUGUGGUAGAUCCCUGGAGAUGGAAUCACAGAAACCCAUGUUCGAUGUCGAAAAGUUUGAUGAUGAGUUUGUUCAGAAGCUGGUUUAUGAUGCUCUCGUUUGGUCUUCCCUUCACGGACUUGUCGUCGGUGACAAAACUUAUCAGAAAUCAGGAAAGGUUCCAGGGGUUGGAAUGAUGCACGCCCCAAUUGCAUUGCUACCGACGCCAUUCCCAGAAAUUUACUGGAAGCAAGCUUGUGAAGUUGCUCCCAUCUUCAAUGAAUUGGUUGAUCGUGUGAGCUUGGAUGGGAAAUUCAUACAGGAUAGUCUCUCCAGAACUAAAAAAGCUGACAUCUUUACAUCUAGACUUCUCGACAUUCACUCCAAGAUGCUAGAAAGCAACAAGACAGAGGUCUUUUUACUUUAUCUCUUGGUUCAUGUUAAUUUACAUUCUUUGGUAACAAUGUCCUGGUUUUCAUUCAUUCAUUUCGCGUGUUUGUGUUCACAGGACAUACGUUUGGGAUUACACCGGUCAGACUAUAUGCUUGACGAAGAAACAAAAUCACUUCUUCAGAUUGAGAUGAACACUAUCUCGUCUUCGUUUUCCGGCCUUGGUCGUCUUGUUAGCGAGCUACACCAGUCAUUGCUUCGAUCUUAUGGGGAUCAUCUCGGGCUAUGCUCUGAGCGUGUACCCAGAAAUGCAUCCACGAGCCAAUUUGCUGAUGCAAUGGCUAAAGCUUGGUUGGAGUACAAUAAUCCAAGAGCGGUAGUCAUGGUGGUUGUGCAGCCGGAAGAACGCAACAUGUACGAUCAGCAUUGGCAAAGCAGUGUUUUGAGAGAAAAGCACAAUAUUGUAACCAUCAGGAAGACUCUAGCAGAAGUCGAAAAUGAAGGGCGUGUACAAGAGGAUGGAACUCUUAUUGUUGGUGGCCAAGCAGUAGCAGUGGUUUAUUUCAGAUCAGGCUAUUCGCCCACUGAUUAUCCAUCUGAAUCAGAAUGGAAUGCUAGGUUGCUUAUAGAGCAGUCCUCCGCAGUGAAAUGCCCGUCUAUAGCUUAUCAUUUAACUGGCACCAAGAAAAUCCAGCAAGAACUCGCAAAACCAGGUGUUCUCGAGAGGUUUCUGGACAACAAAGAGGACAUUGCUAAGUUGAGGAAAUGCUUUGCUGGGCUUUGGAGCUUGGACGAUCCAGAAAUCAUCAAGAAAGCAAUUGAAAAACCCGAGUUGUUUGUUAUGAAGCCUCAGAGAGAAGGCGGAGGAAACAACAUCUAUGGAGAUGAUGUGAAGGAAAAUCUUCUGAGGUUGCAGAAAGAAGGAGAGGAAGAAAACGCUGCUUAUACACUAAUGCAGAGGAUAUUCCCAAAAGUCUCAAACAUGUUCUUGGUGCGAGAAGGCGUUUACCAUAAAGAUCAAGCUAUAUCAGAACUGGGAAUCUAUGGUGCUUACCUCAGGAACAAGGAGAGAGUUAUAAUAAACGAGCAGAGCGGUUAUCUGAUGCGAACGAAAGUCUCGUCAUCAAAUGAAGGUGGUGUUGCGGCUGGUUUUGCCGUCUUGGACAGCAUUUAUUUGAAUUGAGAUGGAUCAAAUUCACAAUCAUCCUGAUUAAUGUUUCUGCUGGUUUAUUCUCUUUUUCUUCGUCUUCUUCUUGCCUUGUUAAAGAUUUGUGUACUAAUUCUUGAAGAUCUAUAAGACCAGACAAAGCUCUUGACAAUUCUUUGCACAAAGCAUAUAUGCUUCUUCUACAAUUCUUCUUGGGCCGUGUAAGAUGAUCUCUACGUUUAGACCAUAAAAGGA